ACGUCACGCGCGCAUUUUUCCUUCAUUUGAACUACACCACUUGCAUAUUCCUUUAAAUAAACAUACAUACGCGCUCACGUACGCGUGAUAUGUAAUGCUGUUGUUCAUGUUCUUAAAACUAUUAACAUCAUCAUCAUGGACAUCACGUUAACAAAUUUACUGUUUUCCGCGCGAAAUCAGUAAAAAUUCAACGACAUAAUACCGAAAGAAAGUAUUGAAAAUUGACAGCACACGAACAAGGAUUUCAACGAGUUUUAAUAUAUAACAACAUGAACUGUGGCAAGGUCGAUUCGUUGUAUUUCGUCCCAGUUGUCGUGUGCGCCGCCGCGUUGUUGCAAUUUGGCCACGCUGCGUACACCGCGGAGCGUUCAAAGUCGUCAGGGCUGUUGUCGUUAGUCGGUGAAACAAUGUCUUCGACGAACGACGUGCCAUUCGAUUGGUCUUCCGAUUACGAGGUGGCCGUAGUGUACAUCACUUCCAUGUGGUCUGAGCUCAUCUCCGGGGAUCCAGAGCACUCGACUUUGCAGGGUAUUAUCGCCAAGAACGGUUAUCUCAGCUAUUGUGUGAGGUUCAAGAUGCAAUUGGCCGCUUGGGCACAGUCCUUACAAGGCAAACAUUACGUGAGCAAAGCGGUUAAAAACGCCGCGUCAAAUUGGUACCGGGCCGUCGACACGCUAUCCCACGAUAAUUGGCAACUGCCCAAAACGUUGGACUUAGAGUCUUUUAAAAAACAAUUUAUGACCACGUACAAGCACCUGGUGUUGAACGGCGGAGAGAUAUACGAGGAGGCAGUCAAUGAACGGACGAGACGAGAUGUGGACGGUUUCACCAGACGGAUCGCGAACGUGCUGAUCGAGACGCUCAGGAAUAUCACGAACCGUUGCCGAAGCAUUCCGAAGACGUACUACGGUACAGGUAACAACGAGAAUCCGAUAUCAGUGUACUGAAAUCGCAACGUCGGUAAGCGUCGUGCCAAAGAGAACCUAGUCCGUUUUGAAUUAUAUUUCGUUCGUUUAAAAAAAAAAAAAAAUAAACCUAAUUAAUUUUAAAUGUUUGUGUUUUAUUUAUUUUAUCGUAAUGUACGAGUAUGCAGGAUUGAGCACUCGUACACCGAUGAAAAAUGUAAUCUACAUCCAUACCAAUAUGACAAUACAAUGCACAUUACAGAUUGA